ACGUAUAAAUCAAUCGUUAUCCAGGCACAGCGAGCCCCAGCCACCCACCCCAAUUUGUUAUUUAUUUUCUUUCUUUCUGCUUCGAGCCGUCCCGCGAGCAUCAUUGUUGAUAUCAAGUUUAAUUAAAAAAAAAUAAUUAAGAUACGGCAUAUAGUAUCUCUUUAGUCACAAUUUCUCCAAAGUUCUAGUGUGCUAAUUGGCGGUAAAAUAAAACAAUUUAAUAAAAAUGUCGCAAAUCAACAGACGGGCAAAGCGAGACUUCAAGGAAAUACAGCGCAAUUAUCAGGUUUUAAAGGAUAAAUCGAUAUUUAUAAGAAACUUAACACCACUAUACAAUCGUUUUGUAGCCAGAAUUAAGGGCCCACGUCAAACACCGUAUCAAAGCGGCAAAUUUCUUCUGAGGAUUGUACUAGAUGCAGAUUAUCCUGCAUCUCCGCCUGAGGUCAGGUUUCUUACACAUGUGUGGCAUCCGAAUAUCCAUCCAUGUAAGGGCUAUAUCUGUUUAGAUAUCCUAGCCGAGAGAUGGACUCCGGAAUUGUCUUUGAGGACCAUGCUUCUCUCCAUCCAAGUGCUCCUAUCUGCACCUGAACCGGAUGAUCCUCUUUCAUUACCAGUCGGCCUGCAAUGCAAAGAGCAACCGGAAGAAUUCCGUGCGACUGCCCAAUUUUGGACAUAUAUUUAUGCCAAAGGUCAAUUCACAGUAUAUGAGUACCAACAGAAACUUGCAACAUUUGUUAGUUUGGGAGUUCAACAGAAUCUGGCAUUAUCUUUAUUAUCCAAUAACCACUGGAACUUGGAGGACGCCAUUGAUACACAUGCCACUAUCACUCUAAUAAAUUCGAUUCCGAUCUAUGAAAUACAACAUUAAAGAUUUAAAUUUUCAAAUGUUACCUGUGACACUUGUGUUGAUACUUAAUAUUAUCCCUUUUUUUUUU